AUAAUAAUAUUCAAGAUGGAAUACAUUAUUUCUGCUCGCUUACACAUUACAGCUGCCGCCGCGGCUUGACCAGAAUCAUUUCUCAAAAUCUUUUCCCAUACAUCAGAAACUGGAUUCUACAAACUGUUACCAACAUAACAAAAAACUAUAAAUCGAGUAAAGCAAAACAACAAUUCAAAAAUGAAAGCAAAUUAGCAAUACCAACAUAACAAGAAGCUGAUUAGAAAUUAGAAAUUAGAAUUUAGAAUCAGAAUCAAUAUGGGUGUCCUUCCAAAGAGGAUAAUACUAAUGCGUCACGGCGAGUCCCAAGGAAACCUUGACACGUCAGCAUACACCACCACACCAGACCACAGCAUUCAGUUAACUCCAUCCGGCAUCGCCCAAGCCCGCCACGCCGGCGCCAAUCUCCACCGUCUCGUUUCCGGCCAAGGCUGCUCCCCUGACUGGCGUCUCUACUUCUACGUCUCUCCUUACGCCCGUACCCGAUCCACACUCCGUGAAGUCGGUAGAUCUUUCUCCAAGAAGCGCGUGAUCGGCGUCCGAGAAGAGUCGCGUGUAAGGGAACAGGAUUUUGGUAACUUCCAAGUUCAAGAGCGUAUGAAGAUUGUUAAAGAAACUCGUGAACGGUUUGGGAGAUUCUUUUAUCGCUUUCCUGAAGGUGAAUCCGCCGCCGAUGUUUUCGAUCGCAUUUCCGGUUUUUUUGAAUCUUUAUGGAGAGACAUUGAUUUGAAUCGUCUUCAUCACGAUCCAACAAACGAUUUAAAUCUGGUGAUAGUAUCACACGGAUUGACAUCACGAAUUUUCUUGAUGAAGUGGUUCAAGUGGACGGUGGAGCAAUUUGAGCAUCUAAACAAUUUCGGAAACUGCGAGUUUCGUGUGAUGGAGCAAGGGAGUGGUGGAGAAUACAGUUUGGCGAUUAAUCAUACGGAGGAAGAGAUGCUCGAAUGGGGAAUGUCUCCUGAUAUGAUUGCUGAUCAGAAAUGGCGUGCAGAUGCGCCUAGAGGUGCUUGGAAUGAUCAAUGUCCUUGGUAUCUUGAUGGUUUUUUUGAUCGUUUUGAUGCAUCUGAAUCUGAUGAUGACACUGAAGCAAUCCAAAAUGAAGGUGAAACUGAAAUGAAAGUUGAAGCUAAUAAGUAACCAACUCUUUCAGCAUACGCAUAAAGAAGAAAUAGAAUUUGAGAAUUUAGAGGUUCAAAUUGAUGAUAGCCUUUGAUUCAGUGUAGGUGUACAAGGCAAUUUUAUGCUUUUGUGUUAGUAUUCAUUAGUUCUGUGUAAUAAUCAUAAUUUACGAAUUUUUUUUUAUAACAUGUAAAAUUUAGAUUUUGAAAAAUUAAAACAUGAUUUUCUCUUUUCCCUUU